AUGCCACGGCAAGAAACAUCUGGAGUCGUCUACAGGAUCUGGUGCAGUUGCGGCCGCCACGGCAAGAAACAUCUGGGGUCGUCUACAGGAUCUGGUGCAGUUGCGGUUAAGGCAACUAUGUCGGAGAAACUGGCAGACUUCUCAGGACGCGAAUUGCCGAAGAACAUCUGGGGUCGUCUACAGGAUCUGGUGCAGUUGCGGUCAAAGCAACUAAUGUCGGAGAACUGGCAGACUUCUCAAAACGCAAAUUGUCGAACACGCGGCAGCAGUGAGGCGAAAUUAUGCUAA